CCUGGUUGUAGUGAUGGCAAAGGUUAGGUAUGAGGGGCAAGGGGAUGCAUUAUGUCUGAGUGUCCUCAGUUAGAAUGCUCCACAAGAAUGUGUGUAUGUGCAUGUGUUGUUCAGGUUACUUGUCUGAGCAGCUUUGUCCUGCAGUAAUGAUAGACUUGCUGACCAGGCUCGGUCUGUCUGUCCGUCUGUGUGUGUGUGUGUGUGUGUGAGAAGAUAUAUAAGCGGCUCAUCAGUGGGAAGACGUAUGAAUUGGUGCAACCUGUUGACCCAUCUCUGCAGCUUCAGGUCGAGUCUUUGAGUCGCCAUGAGUCCAAAACACAUCGUCUUCAAGAAAGUUUCCCACGACAAGUCGGUGACGGUCUACAUGGCCAAAAGAGACUUUGUGGAUCACUGUGACUUUGUGGAUCCAGUUGAUGGCGUGAUCCUCAUCGAUCCACUGCAGCUGCAGGGAAGGAAAGUGUAUGUGAUGCUGUCCUGCACGUUUCGGUACGGCCGUCAGGACAUGGACGUGAUGGGCGUGGCCUUCAGGCGGGACCUGUUCCUGGUGACCCGGCAAGUUUACCCCGAGUUGCAGGACAAAGACACACUGACUCACACAAAGAUCCAAAAGAAGCUGCUGCAGAAGCUUGGAGACAACGCCUUUCCCUUCUUCUUCGAGUUUCCAGAUAACCUGCCGUGUUCUGUCACAAUGCAGCCGGGACCACUGGAUGUGGGAAAGAAAUGUGCGGUGGAGUUUGAGGUGAAGGCAUUCUGUGGUGAAAACAGAGAUGAGAAAAUCAACAAACAGAGUUCAGUUCGUCUGAGUAUCCGUAAGAUCCAGUUCAGUCCAGCACUCAGUGACGUGGCUCCGGUCGCAGAGACGACCUUUGAGUUCCUGAUGUCAGAGAAUCCACUGCAUGUCAAAAUGAGUCUGCCCAAAGAGACAUUUUACCACGGCGAGCCGGUCAAAGUCAACGUUGACAUCACCAACUCGUCAAGCAGGAAUAUCAAAAACAUCAGUCUGUCAGUGGAGCAGGUGACCAACGUUGUUCUUUACUCCAACGACAAAUACGUCAAGUCUGUGGCCAUAGAGGAGACCGAGGACACAGUUCCUGCAGGGACAUCUCUGAGGACAGACUACACACUGUUUCCAGUCCUGGCUUACAACAGAGAACGUAGAGGACUGGCCCUGGACGGACGACUGAAACAUGAGGACACAAACCUGGCUUCAUCCAGCAUUGUGAAACAGGAUGUCCUGAUGGACGUCCAGGGAAUCCUUGUGUCUUAUAAGGUCGUGUUGAGGAUGAUUGCGUGUGGGACACUGACGUCAAGUGACGUGUGUGUGGAGCUUCCUUUCAAACUCAUGAAUCCAAAUCCUGAACCAGCCAAGGAUAGUGAGACUGAGGACAUGGUCUUUGAGGAGUUUAAACGAGCCUACCUGAAGGGUGUGGUCUAUGGAGAUGAUGACGAGUCUCCCACUGAGGCCUAAAGAUAAAUGUCUGACAUGUCCCUGCAUCACCGCCCUGACCGAGUUUACAACACUUAGUGCGUUUACAUGCAUGUUAAAAGUCCCACUUUAGUCGGUUUGAGCUAGUCUUAGUCGGACUAACAUACCUGGAUAAUGCAAUUCAUAGUCCAAUUACCCCAGCAUGUAUACACUUAGUCAGAGUGGAGUCAGCCUUGGCGUUCUACACCAACGUUUCCUCCCCGGUCUUUGACCCUGAAAUAGAAGGAGACUAUGUAUAAACUGCAUUACUGCUGCUGGAAAAGAAUAAACAACACAAUGACGUCAGCGAGAGCGAAAGCUACAGAAAAAACUUUUGGACUGAUGUACAGCAGGUAUGAAACAUAAAGAACAUACAGCGCUGUCUAUCUCAUGUUAGCUGUUUUUCUGUGAUGUAAAGGUCAACAGGAAAC